ACAUUCCAAAGCUAGUGAUGAUAUGACGCGAUGACUUUUUGUUUCAUUUCAUUGACUUAAAUCACCUAUUCCCUCUAUAAAUUAGGCGCAAAAUGCUACGGUUUGAAGCAUCUAAGCAUACAAAACUCGACAUUAUAAGAUCAUCUUCAAUUGUUAUUUCAUGAAGAUGUCUAGUGAUCAAUCGAGGUUCUUAGCCUCACUACCAUUGUUAUUGCUUCUUCUUAGCUUCUUAAUGGCUUCCUUCUUCCACACGGCAGCUGCGCAAAUCGGAGUGUGCUACGGGAGAAUAGGAAACAACCUGCCACGUCCGGCUGAUGCGGUGGCGCUUUACCGGAACCGUAACAUCCGUCGCAUGCGGCUUUACGAUCCUAACCAAGAGGUUCUCUCCGCUCUGCGAGGCUCUAACAUCGACCUUCUGCUCGAUGUUCCCAACCCUGAUCUCCAACGUAUCGCCUCCAGCCAAGCGGAAGCUGACACGUGGGUCCGCAACAACGUCCGCAACUUCAACGGUGUAAGGUUCCGUUACAUCUCGGUCGGGAACGAGGUGCAACCCUCGGACCCAACCUCGAGGUUCGUCCUCCCCGCCAUGCAGAACAUCGAUAGAGCGGUUUCAGGCCUCGGGAUCAAGGUCUCCACGGCUAUAGACACCCGAGGCAUUAGUGGGUUUCCGCCUUCGAGUGGGACAUUCACACCUGAAUUUAGGAACUUUAUCGCUCCCGUGAUAACUUUCUUGGUGAGCAAGCAAUCUCCUCUACUCGUGAAUGUCUACCCUUACUUCAGCUACAUCAACAACAUGAGAGACAUCCGUUUGGACUAUGCUCUGUUCACUUCACCGUCCACUGUAGUCAAUGAUGGGUCAAACGCAUACCGAAACCUCUUCCACGCACUCGUAGACACUGUUUAUGCGGCAUUGGAGAAAACAGGAGGAGGAUCGGUGGAGAUCGUGGUCUCGGAGAGUGGUUGGCCGACAGCUGGAGGAACCGCGACAAAUGUGGAUAAUGCAAGGACUUAUGUGAACAAUUUGAUACAAACUGUGAAGAGUGGAUCUCCUAGAAGACAAGGGAGACCUAUCGAAACUUAUAUAUUCGGUAUGUUCGAUGAGAAUCAGAAGAGUCCUGAGUUUGAAAAGUUCUUUGGAAUGUUUCUUCCCAAUCAACAGCCCAAGUAUGGUGUCAAUUUCAACUAAUUAAUAUCCUUGAAGACACUUUAUUAUAGUGAUAUAUAUGAGCUGAAUGGAAUUUGAGGGCUUGUAUUAAUAAAGAUUCCAAAAAGUGGGAAACAUGUAACAAUAAUAAGAAAUAAUGAGACAAGAAAAUUAAUAAACUUAUAAUUUGACAGAAAUCAAUAAAAUAAUAAGAUAAUUUUUUUAGAAAA